AUGUAUCUACCAAUCCUAUGGUUUCUAUUCCUCCAGCUUUGCUUUGCUUUAACUGUCCCCAAGAAGCCUUCUUCAGAUGUCAUCAAGCCAGCUGUAGAUCCUGCGAAAUCUCUCGAAAGGAAGUCAUAUCGAAGUCGAUAUUGGAGCUGUACCGCUUGCUGUGCCGGACUGUCCACUCUUUUCCCCGGUAAAGUCAAGUACUUUAACGAUACCGUGUAUGCUGAGCAGCAGCAAUCAUACUGGUCACAGCAGCAGCAGCAGACGUAUCCUGUGUGCAGAUUCACUCCGGCUGAGGCGCGCGAGGUAUCGGCUGCCAUUCACUUGGUACGCGCUACCCAAUGUCGAUUUGCAGUAAAGAGCGGUGGCCACGCUUCCUUUGAGGGCGGCUCGAACAUUCAGAAUGGCCUUGCAAUAGACUUAAGCGGACUGUCGGCCUUGAAGCUCUCGAACGACAGCUCCAUCCUGUGUGUAGGCCCUGGUAACCGAUGGGAGGAUGUGUAUGCUUUCCUCGACCCGCUGGACCUUUCAGUUGUUGGUGGCAGGAAUGGAGAUGUUGGCGUCGGAGGGCUGACGCUCGGCGGCGGCAUCUCGUAUUUUUCAGGCUUCUAUGGGUGGGCUCUAGACAAUGUUGCAAAUUAUGAGGUUAUCAUCGCUAACGGGUCGAUUGUCAACGCUAGCCUUACGUCACAUCCUGACCUGUACUUUGCGUUGCGCGGAGGAGGAAAUAACUUUGGUAUCAUCACCAGAUUUGACUUUGAGACCUUCCCGCACGGUGAUAUGUGGGGUGGCCAGAUCUUUUACCCAUUCUCAACCAAUCAGUCACAAUUCGAGGCGUUCUACUGGUGGGCUGAAAACGCCAACUUAGACGCAAACGGUGCACUCAUCCUUGCAGCCGCCAGUGUUCCAGGGUACGGGUCGUUCUUCUCAAACGGCUUUGUGUACGCCUGGCCUGUGAUGAGUCCGCCAUUAUUCGACAACUUCACUGCCAUUACAAAUUUCUCAUCAACCGCCCGCUUGACACGGCUACCUGAUCUCGUUGCUGAGUUGACAGGCUCGCAGCCCCCUGGGUUUCGGCAGGUUUAUAUUACCGCGACUUUCAAGAAUGAUAUCCAAAUGAUGAGUGAUAUCUUCAAGAUCUGGAACGACGCUGUCCAGCCUAUUUUUGAAGACAUUGCUGGUUUCGUCCCUGCCCUGGCAUUUCAGCCUAUCACUGCGAAGAUCAUCGAAAACUUCAGCAAGAAUGGUGGUAAUGCGCUGGGUAUCAGUCCGGAAGACGGCUCCCUCACGUUAUGGAACAUGGACUUUCAAUGGAGCGACAGAAGGAACGACUCUAUCGUACUUGACAUGAUUCAGAACAUCAUCGCCGAGGGGAACGCAGUCGCCAAGUCUUGUGGGCUGUUUCACCGAUACAUCUAUCAAAAUUAUGCAUACAUCACUCAGGAUGUGUUCGCCGGGUACGGCGAGGAAAAUAAGGCCAGACUUCUCCGGAUUUAG